AGCGCGGAGCCGCAUUUGUCUGCUCGAGGUGCUCCGCGAAAGAGCGUUGUUUUCGCCGGCCGUGGGCUGCAAGUGUCAGCGGCGGCCGCGGCCCGGCGAACACCGAGCCCGAGGAGCCACGCGCCAGCUGGCCGCGAUCGCGGGCAGGGGGCGGCGUGCCAGAGGAGCAACAUGCAGAUAGGCGCCCGGCGCCCUGACGACCCCUCCCAAGGAAAAGAGGCCGGGGCGGCGCUGGGGCGGUGGAGAGCAUGAGGGAGGCCGGGGGGCGGCUCGGCUCGGAGCGCUGCUAGGGAAGCAGUGCGCGCUGCACACUCGCCGGGGCGCAGCCGAGAGCGGGGAGCCGGGCGGGUCGCGCCAUCGGGCGGGAGCCGGCCGCCGGGAGCUGUUCUGAUUUCCGGAGCGAGUGCGAGGGGCCCGGAGCAGCCCCCGGCCCCGGCGUGCAGCCAACAUGGGCAACGCGGGGAGCAUGGAUUCGCAGCAGACCGAUUUCAGGGCGCACAACGUGCCUUUGAAGCUGCCGAUGCCCGAGCCAGGUGAACUGGAAGAGCGAUUUGCCAUCGUGCUGAAUGCUAUGAACCUACCCCCUGACAAAGCCAGGUUACUGCGGCAGUAUGAUAAUGAGAAAAAGUGGGAACUGAUUUGUGAUCAGGAACGAUUCCAGGUGAAGAAUCCUCCCCAUACGUACAUUCAAAAGCUCAAAGGCUACCUGGAUCCAGCUGUAACCAGGAAGAAAUUCAGACGGCGUGUUCAAGAAUCCACACAAGUGCUAAGAGAACUGGAAAUUUCUUUAAGAACCAACCAUAUUGGAUGGGUCAGAGAGUUUCUGAACGAAGAAAACAGAGGUCUUGACGUUCUAGUGGAAUAUCUCUCAUUUGCGCAGUAUGCGGUCACUUUUGAUUUUGAAAGUGUGGAAAGCACUGUGGAGAGCUCGGUGGACAAAUCAAAGCCUUGGAGUAGGUCCAUCGAGGAUCUGCACAGAGGAAGCAACCUGCCCUCCCCAGUGGGCAACAGUGUAUCCCGCUCAGGAAGACAUUCUGCACUGCGAUAUAAUACUUUGCCAAGCAGAAGAACCCUGAAAAAUUCAAGAUUAGUGAGUAAGAAAGACGACGUGCAUGUCUGUAUCAUGUGUUUACGUGCCAUCAUGAAUUACCAGUAUGGUUUCAACAUGGUCAUGUCCCAUCCACAUGCUGUCAAUGAGAUUGCACUGAGCUUGAACAACAAGAAUCCAAGAACAAAAGCCCUUGUUCUAGAACUAUUGGCAGCUGUUUGUCUUGUCAGAGGCGGGCAUGAAAUCAUUUUAUCAGCAUUUGACAACUUUAAGGAGGUUUGCGGAGAAAAACAGCGCUUUGAGAAGUUGAUGGAACAUUUCAGGAAUGAAGACAAUAACAUAGAUUUUAUGGUGGCCUCUAUGCAGUUUAUUAAUAUUGUAGUCCAUUCAGUAGAAGACAUGAAUUUCAGAGUUCACCUCCAGUAUGAAUUCACCAAGUUAGGCUUGGAUGAGUACUUGGAUAAACUGAAGCACACUGAGAGCGAUAAGCUGCAAGUGCAGAUUCAGGCUUACCUGGACAACGUGUUUGACGUGGGAGCUCUCCUGGAAGAUGCUGAAACCAAGAAUGCGGCCUUGGAGAGGGUGGAGGAGCUGGAGGAGAACAUUUCUCAUUUGUCUGAAAAGCUGCAGGACACGGAGAACGAAGCCAUGUCCAAGAUCGUGGAACUGGAAAAGCAGCUGAUGCAGAGGAACAAGGAGCUGGAUGUCGUUCGAGAAAUCUACAAAGAUGCAAAUACCCAGGUUCACACAUUAAGGAAAAUGGUCAAAGAAAAAGAAGAAGCCAUUCAAAGACAGUCUACCCUGGAAAAAAAGAUUCAUGAACUGGAGAAACAAGGGACCAUUAAAAUUCAGAAGAAAGGGGAUGGGGACAUCGCCAUUCUGCCAGUUGUGGCUUCUGGCACGUUGUCCACAGGGUCAGAGGUGGCCAUGGGUAACUUCGUGGGACCAGCAGUGGGGGUCGCCUCCUCAGGCCCCCUGCCCCCUCCUCCCCCACCACUACCUCCAUCAUCAGACACACCUGAAGCAGUGCAAAAUGGCCCAGUAACGCCACCUAUGCCACCACCGCCCCCUCCCCCUCCCCCACCGCCUCCGCCGCCUCCCCCUCCCCCGCCCCUCCCGGGUCCUGCAGCUGAGACUGUGCCAGCUCCUCCUUUACCUCCCCCCCCUCCUCCCUCUGCACCCCCGCUGCCUGGGACGUCCUCACCCACAGUGGUUUUCAACUCAGGACUAGCAGCUGUGAAAAUUAAGAAGCCAAUCAAGACGAAAUUCAGAAUGCCAGUUUUUAACUGGGUUGCCCUGAAGCCAAAUCAGAUCAAUGGCACGGUCUUCAAUGAAAUUGAUGAUGAGCGGAUUCUGGAGGAUUUAAAUGUGGACGAGUUUGAGGAAAUAUUUAAGACAAAAGCUCAAGGUCCUGCCAUUGAUCUUUCUUCAAGCAAACAGAAGAUAACACAGAAGGGAUCAAACAAAGUGACGUUACUGGAAGCAAAUAGGGCCAAAAAUCUUGCCAUAACUUUGAGGAAAGCUGGAAAGACUGCUGACGAGAUAUGUAAAGCUAUCCAUGUAUUUGACUUGAAGACAUUGCCUGUAGACUUUGUAGAAUGUUUGAUGAGGUUCUUGCCAACUGAGAAUGAGGUGAAAGUGUUCCGGCUCUAUGAGCGGGAAAGGAAGCCCCUGGAGAACUUGUCAGAUGAAGACCGGUUCAUGAUGCAGUUCAGUAAAAUCGAGAGACUCAUGCAGAAGAUGACCAUCAUGGCCUUCAUUGGGAACUUUGCAGAAAGCAUUCAGAUGCUGACUCCUCAACUGCACUCAAUUAUAGCAGCAUCUGUCUCUAUAAAGUCAUCCCAGAAACUCAAGAAAAUCCUAGAGAUUAUCUUGGCCCUUGGAAACUAUAUGAAUAGCAGUAAGCGAGGAGCAGUUUAUGGAUUUAAACUUCAGAGUUUAGAUCUGCUCUUAGAUACAAAGUCAACAGACCGAAAGCAGACCCUGUUGCACUAUAUUUCAAAUGUUGUGAAAGAAAAAUAUCACCAAGUGUCCCUGUUUUAUAAUGAGCUUCAUUAUGUGGAGAAAGCUGCUGCAGUCUCCCUUGAGAAUGUUUUGCUGGACGUCAAAGAGCUCCAGAGAGGCAUGGACCUAACCAAGAGGGAGUACACCAUGCACGACCACAACACGCUGCUGAAGGAGUUCAUCCUCAACAAUGAGGGAAAACUGAAGAAGCUGCAGGAUGACGCCAAGAUUGCACAGGACGCUUUUGAUGAUGUGGUGAAGUAUUUUGGAGAAAACCCCAAGACAACACCACCCUCUGUCUUCUUUCCCGUCUUUGUCCGGUUUGUGAAGGCCUAUAAGCAAGCAGAAGAGGAAAAUGAGCUGAGGAAAAAGCAGGAACAAGCACUCAUGGAAAAACUCCUGGAGCAAGAAGCCCUCAUGGAGCAGCAGGACCCAAAGUCUCCUUCCCACAAAUCAAAGAGGCAGCAGCAAGAAUUAAUUGCAGAAUUAAGAAGGCGACAAGUUAAAGAUAACAGACAUGUAUAUGAAGGAAAAGACGGCGCCAUUGAAGAUAUCAUCACAGCCUUAAAGAAGAAUAAUAUCACUAAAUUUCCAAAUGUUCACUCGAGGAUCUUAGAAACCAACCAUACAGACGAGCCGAUGCGGUGAGGAGAAGUGUCAGGCGGCGCUUUGAUGAUCAGAACAUGCGUUCUGUUAAUGGUGCCGAAAUAACCAUGUGAACCUAAGACCUGCCUGCAUGAAUAGAGUGUGUGAAUGAAACGCUCCACAUGAACUUUAUGUGCUACCAUUUAACUGCAACCUUGAACAUUGAUAAAAUCUUCUAAGGGCUCAGAUUUAGCAAACACAUAGGAAUUUAAAGAUGAUGGGCUCUCCUUUCAACCUUUGUUAACAAGUGCCUACAAGUGGAAGUACCUGCUCAGAUUAAUCAAAGCAAUAGGGUUUGAUUUGAUUAGGUAUCUUUUUACACCAGUAUAUUAUUCCAAUUUUUUAACCAAAAUGUAAAUUUCGUAUUACAUUUGUUAUCUGCCGUCAUGAUUGUCCCAUGAUGGCACACCCUGGCUUCCUGAUAAGUUGUAAAUAACAUGGAUGUACUCUGCUCUGGGUUUCCUUUGCUGAAAUGUCUUAAGGAAUUUUGUGUUUUAGCCAUACCCAUCAGCUUUGUAUUUUAAAGGGCUUGCGACAUGGAAGCAGGAAAAGGUCACAUGAUCGACUCCUGUCCAUAAGCAAGCCCCAGUGAAGUACAAACACGAUGCAUUGCAGUGGCAUGGGAUACAUCACUUAACUCUGUCUCCUUCCACAUUCUACUACUUCUGUGCUAGGGUUAUGAUGCCCUUGAGAAAAGUUCAUCCAUAUGAAUGCAAGGAUAUAAUGGCGUACAGAUUUGUGUAAGAUUUAUUUGCAGUACUGUGUUCUUCAGCUAGAGGCAGCUUUUAAAAAAAUAAUGCAAAUGUAUUUAUUAAUUAGCACUAAAAUUAACAUCUCAGUAAUCACUCUUAGGAUUUCUGAGGACUAUUAUGGGCCAAUCCUAAGAACAGAAAUUGGUGCCUUGCUAGCCAGGGAGAAGCUCACUAGCUCUACCAACAAGCAUUCAAGAUUACUUCUGCUAGCUAGUAGUGUUAGUUAAUCUAGCCUUAUUCUCCUGACAAUCGCCAAGUUAUUUUCCCCCUUAUUCUUCCUCCUUUUGUAAAUUGGAUACAUUUUGCAUCAUGUUAUCAAAGCUAAAUUCUCGUAUUUCCCACAUUGCUUUAUGGGGAGCUGCAAUUUAAUUGCUUGAAAUAUUCACAUUGGGGUGAAGCUUACAUGAUAGGUAAUGGGACUAAAUGGCCAAUUAGGCCACUGUUGUUUUUCCUUCCUCUCUGGCAGGGCACUUGAUUCAUUCCAAAGUCAAAAACUGGACUAAAGCUAAUUUGUACUUUUCAUAACAUACAUUCUGCUUCUGGCUUACCUUCUUGGUACAGUACAUCAACAUAUUAAUUGUAAAGUUUAUUGUAUAGUAUUUAACCACUGAAUCUUAUUUUAUGUUGUGCUUAUGUGAGCUCCUUGGUGAAGGUCCCAUUUUCCUUGGAUAAUGUGUAGUUAUAUGAUCUCUUUUUAAAUGUACAGAUAUUUUGCUAUAAAAUUGGUGCAGUUUUUUAUGGUUUUUACACUUUAAUUCCCACCUAAGCCUCUGGGUAAUAAUGUAAAUAUUGUUUAAAAAUGCAUCAGCCUGUGCUAUACAAUCUGAAUGUUAUUUUAACUUAUAGGUUUUUUUUUUUAAUAUAUAUAUUUAACUACAAGGACAGUUUAGGGAUCAGUUACAUUUCACUUUAGCAUACCUAUUUACAAAAAAUUACUUUUAAAACUGCCACCUGCUAGCACAUUUUCAUAAAUGUGUACUUUAAAAAGAACAUGCCAAGAUUUUGUCUGUUGACACAUUCAUUCUGAUGAAAAGAGCAAUUUGACCAUGAGCUACAACACAAGUAGUUGGCCCUUUAUCACAAGCAGCUGUUUUCCAGAGCUCAGUGCUAAUGAGCAUAUAUUAAAACAAUUGCCUAUUUAUUAAUCUAUAGAUAGACAAUAAUGUUGGCAUGUUCUUUUCUGUUUAUUAAUGGGCCUGCUUCUUAGCAAUAUUAGAAAUGUUUUAUAAAAAAGCAGUUCAUGUUACUUUUCUGGUCUUUUCAUGGCAUAUGAGCAAAUAAACUAUUUACACUACUAUCCUGUAA